GGCUAGGACCCCUCCCCAAUUCUCCAAGCCCCCCAGGGAGAGGAGAAAGAGGAAGAGGCCUUCCUCUCCAUGCUCCUUUCUCGGGAACUCCCUGGCACUGAGGCCAGAGUGACAGGACCGCCUCUGAGGAGGCCUGGUCCAUAGGUUGCUCUGAGAGCAGCUCCUGGACCAAAGAGAGCCAGCCAUGGCAGAGGAAGUAUGGGUGGGCACCUGGAGGCCCCAUCGCCCCCGGGGGCCCAUCAUGGCCCUCUACAGCAGCCCAGGGCCCAAGUACCUGAUUCCACCCACCACGGGAUUUGUGAGGCACACACCCACCAAGCUGCGUGCACCAGCCUACAGUUUCCGAGGGGCCCCCAUGCUCCUGGCAGAGAACUGCUCCCCAGGGCCCCGCUACAGUGUGAACCCCAAGAUACUGAGGACAGGCAAGGACCUCGGCCCCGCCUACUCCAUCCUGGGGCGCUAUCGCACCAAGACCAUCACGACCCCUGGCCCUGGUGACUACUUUCCAGAGAAAUCUAGCAAGCACGUGUUUGACUCAGCACCCAGCCACUCCAUUUCCGCCCGGACCAAGACCUUUCGAGUGGACAGCACCCCAGGGCCGGCCGCCUACAUGCUGCCUGUGGUGAUGGGGCCCCACACUGUCGGCAAGGCCUCCCAGCCCUCCUUCUCCAUCAAGGGUCGCAGCAAGCUGGGCAGCUUCAGUGAUGACCUGCACAAGGCAAGAACCCCAGGUCCUGCAGCCUACCGCCAGACAGACGUGCAGGUGACGAAGCCCAAGGCUCCACAGUACACCAUGGCAGCCCGAGCGGAGCCCCCGGGGGACAAGACCCUCAAGCCGGGACCGGGAGCUCACAGCCCUGAGAAGGUGACAGCGACCAAGCCCUGCGCCCCUGUCGUCACCUUCGGCAUUAAACAUUCCGACUACAUGACACCCCUGGUGGUGGAUGUGGAAUAGCCCCGGGCCCACAGGAGCCGGCUGCCCAGAGCCUCUGCACAGCACAGCCACCGCCGGAGACGCCCUGGGUGUGGGCCCGGGAUGCGGCCUCCACCAGGUGGGCUGCGGCCUGCAGGGCAGAUGGGCUGCUGCCCGCAGGGCAGAGCUCGUUUGGACAGUCGUGACCAGUUACUUUUUCUAUGCUUUCCCAUUUGCUUAUCUUGUUUCCUGCUGUGCCCAGAUAUUUAAUAAAUCCCAGAUUGCAUUACU